UGUCGCGCUCCCUUCGAUCGCGCCUUUUGUUGGGCUGGAAGCUCCCGCGUCUUAAUUGCUGUUAACCACUUUCAACAUCCGAAUUCCGGGGGAUCCAACGACGGCGCAUUUCCAACAAUAGCGACGCCGCAACACAUGCCCCUGAGCGCGACAAGGGCUGGGCUUCACCAAUGUAGACAGCGACAACAAUGUCCUCGGCCGCCAGACCGUCUUCAUACGCCGAAAAGCGAAGCAGUGGUGUCGCAGGCUUGGGAGACCGGGGCUCCACGGGCUCGGGAGGCUCUGCCUCGUCGCGGCCCCGCAUGUCGGACGGCCGCUAUGCCGACUCGGCGCACAAGCGGUCCGCCUCGGGCUAUCCGAACCCGCGCUCGACGAGCAGCUCCUUUGAGGAGCGCCGCACAGAGAAGGUGCAGGUGACCACGAGGGAAACCUUCAUAAACCGGACGAGGAGCCCGCCGCGCCGCAGCGCAGCCGGCGAGAAGAGCAGGACCGCCGAUGGACCCAAGAGGCGAGGCUCGGAGCCGAGGCCAAGGGAAGCCCGGCAAGAGACGCCUGUCCCAGAGAAACCCCCGCCAGCGCCAUGGGAACCUGAGGCGACACUGUUGCCACACACCACGGCACCCCUGGCAUGCCGCAUAUCGAUCCCUCCGCUUGCCUCUUCCGCGCCCCCGGCUCUGCAUCCGAAAUCCCUACACGAGCUCUCCCUAGCGGCUCAAGAAGCCGUCAUCAUCGAGGAUCUACUCUUUGUGUUCAUGGGGUUUGAGGGCCAGUACAUUCGAUAUGCGAAGGGGUACAAUCCCUUCGAGGAGCGGGACCGCCUGUCCGGCCCAGAGUAUCGCAUCUUACCCGGUCUCGACCCGAGCCUACACGACCUCACGCAGUCAAUGCUUCGCAUGGCCAGCCACUAUACCGCCCUCCAGACCUUUGUCGAUGUGCAGAGCCGCGACGAAUUUGGCUCCGUCAACCACGCCUUGUGUGCCUCGAUACGGAAACUCUUGCAGGAUUACCUCGUCAUGAUCGCCCAGCUUGAGACACAAUCCCUCACCGACGACUCGUUUACCCUGCAUGUGCUGAACGUCCACGUAUUGCCGACCAGCCAUAUGAUGUCCCAGGUCUAUGCGCUCGCACACGAGCUACUAAAGCGGAAUGCGCUGUUGGAUGACGAGACAGACGAGUCCAGCGACAGCAACGACGACUUCGACCAUAUCUUGGAGCAGCUGAGGGAAGGUGGCGAGCUAGUACCGGGGAAUAUGACAGGGAAGAAGAUAUGCAAGGGCGGAGUGGUACUCGGGGUGAUCACUAAGAGGCUAGAGUCCAUGUCGGGAGACCCAGCGGCCCGCGCGCUGCUUACGACCUUGUUGCGGGAUGCAAGCCGACCGUACAUGACCAUGCUGAACGAGUGGCUUCACCACGGGGCCAUCAACGACCCGCACUCGGAGUUCCUGAUCAAAGAACAGCGCAGCAUCCGUCGAGAGCGGUUGGAGCAAGACUACACCGACGAGUACUGGGAGCGGCGAUAUACGAUCAGGGAUCACGAUGUCCCGCCCCAGCUCGAGGGUGUCAAGGAUAAGGUCUUGUUGGCGGGCAAGUACCUGAACGUGGUUCGGGAGUGUGGGGGGGUCGACGUCAGUCUUCAGGUUAAGGAUGUGCCGACUUCAUUCGACGACAACCGGUUCCUUGACAACGUCAACAACGCCUACGCCCACGCCAAUGAGUCGCUGAUGCGGCUACUCCUGACGGCGCACGCGCUACCUGCGAGACUGAGGUCCUUGAAGCACUACUUCUUCUUAGAUCCUUCCGACUAUUUCUCGUACUUCCUUGAGUUGGGGACUUCCGAGCUGCGGAAACCGGUCAAGUCGGUCAACGUCGCCAAGCUGCAAUCCUUGCUUGAUCUCGUGCUCCGCCAACCCGGCAGCGUGGUGUCGCUGGAUCCGUUCAAGGAGGAUGUCAAGGUUGAGAUGAACGAGAUCACUCUGACCAAGUCGCUCCAACGCGUUGUCAACAUCACCGGUAUCGAGCAAGGAGAGGCUCCGCAAUUGGCCACCAACCAGCCACUGGAAGGCGACAAGAACGCUAAUGGCUUCACCUCGCUGCAACUCGAUUACGCUGUCCCGUUCCCGGUGUCGCUCGUCAUCAGCCGCAAAACCGUCUGGCGCUACCAGGCAUUAUUCCGCUACCUGCUCUCACUGCGCUAUCUGGAAUCACAGCUAUCUACAACCUGGCAGACGCACACGCGCGGUUUCGUGUGGUCCUACAAGUCGUCGGCGCCCAACCUCGAGGUCUGGAAGCGACGGGUCUGGACGCUGCGCGCGCGCAUGCUGGUCUUCGUCCAACAGCUGUUGUACUUUUGCACCGCCGAGGUUAUCGAACCAAACUGGCAGAGUUUGAUGGCGCGUCUGCGCGGAAAAGAAGGUGCCGGCCUGGAUGGGGCUUCAAACGAUCUGGCCACUGGGGUCACCCGCACCGUCGACGAACUGAUGCAAGACCACGUGGAUUUCCUCGACACUUGCCUCAAGGAGUGCAUGCUAACCAACAGCAAGCUGCUGAGGAUCCACUCCAAGCUGAUGCAAACCUGCACCGUCUUCGCAACCUACACCAACUGGCUCUCGCGCGAGCUCGAAAAGGCCGACCCGGACCUGUCCGGCACCACAAAACCACCCAACAUGACAGACGAUCAAUGGCGGCACUUCCAGUCCAUCCGCUCGCAGAAAGGCUCCUCCUCCCAUUCCCACCAGUCUCAGGACCCAAACUCCUCAACCGCCGGCCCCACAGCAGCCGGGGAAGGAGGAGGAGGAGGAGGAGGAGGAGGAGGGACAGACGAAGCCCGCAUCGCAGAGCUGUUUGAUGUGAUCCGCAAGUGGGAAACAAACUUCAGCCGGCACCUGCAGAUCCUCCUCGACGCGCUCAACCACUACGCCGCGACCGAGACGGUGGUCUUGCUGAGUCUCUGUGCCCGGCUGAGCACGGCGAACCAAGGAACUGAAUACGCUGGGCUAAGAAACGAGGAGGAUAGUGUUGUGUGAGGCUUUGUAUUGGGUGGUCCGGUUUUGAGCGUGCCAUUGAGGUCUCCGGAUGCUCCGUUCAAGGGCGACUACCAUGAUUCUGGCGAUGGGCGGCUCGCUUGUCAUAUGGGUAUGAGUGGUUAAGGAGGUCCGGUAAAUGGCGUUCAGACAGAAUUGGUAUACUACCUAAUGUAGGGUUAGGUAAAAUGUCCACUGGCGAGGAUGAUGGUAUGGUAUAGGGGACGGAAAACAUGCCAAAAUCAGGAGGAAGAGCCUCAAAUGUCCACCCAGUUCACACAAGCAACUUCGCGAAGGAUCCUUUGUACGUAGAGUAUGUACAGUACAUUAUGAUGGUAGAUCAAGAGCAUCCGAUCUGGCUCUCCUGGAUGUUCAGUUGGGCCAAGGAUUUGGCUACCACAGCAAGUCUUUGGUGGUGAUC